UCUUCACCGCCGCCCCGGACACCGCCUCCGGCCGCUGCUGCGGCCAUGAACUGCUCUCUCAGCCUCAACUCUUGCUGGACGCACGAUGUGGUCGCCGCCAACGGAUCAGACUCCAGCCUGUACGAUGUUCCCGGCGGCGUGGUGGCGUUGCUGUCCCUGUGCUACGGCUCCAUCUCGGUGCUGGCCGUGGUGGGAAACUCGCUCGUCAUGUGGAUCGUGGCCACCUCGCGCCGCAUGCAGAACGUCACCAACUGCUUCAUCGCCAACCUUGCGCUCGCUGACAUCGUCAUCGGCUUGUUCGCCAUACCUUUCCAGUUCCAGGCGGCGCUGCUGCAGCGCUGGAACCUGCCGCACUUCAUGUGCGCCUUCUGCCCCUUCGUGCAGGUGCUCAGCGUCAACGUCAGCAUCUUCACGCUCACCGCCAUCGCCAUCGACAGGCACCGCGCCAUCCUCAACCCGCUGAGUGCGCGCCCGUCCAAGCUGAGGGCGAAGCUGUGCAUCGCGGCUAUCUGGUGCGUGUCCGGCGCGCUGGCGGCGCCGAUGGCGGCCGCGCUGCGCGUCGUCGUCGUCACGGAGACCGUCGAGUGA